AUGCCAGGAUCAAUUACGCUCAGUUUGGGCGGCUAUACAAUAAUAUUUGCGCUGACAGUAAUCCUGAUGGUAUGUUGUUAUUGUAAUUUGAGGAGGUUUUCUUGGUUUAGAUGGCGAUUUUGUUUGGAAUCUUCUUCUACCGACAGAUCAGGAGGCUGAGGAAUAACAGUACACAUAAAGAGAUUAACAGCACGGUGGCCAGUGAGCUGAGGAAGGUAAGAUAUAUAGUUAUAUUGUUUUUUUUUAGGAUUUCAAGGUUUUUGGCUAAUUUUUUGAGGAUAACUUGAAGGUAACUCUAUUUUCGGGAAUAAAAUUAGCUCCGAUUUUAAGGUAGACGCGCGUUUAAUUCAUAUCUUCAAGGGGAGUUGGUUCAAAGACGGUUUAAUGUUGUUAUAAAUCUAAAAACAAUCGUCGUCUUAUACAAACAGCGAUAUUAUUCAUGCUCACUUUAAAUCUGCUGCGAUUUCAGAAAGCUCGAGAGAUUAUAAACAAAAAGAUCGACGAAGUAUGGGCCUUUAAAGUGUCGCACUUUCCCCCAUUGACCGACUGUUUGAUGAUAGCGGAACGUACGUGAGACCAAUGAUAUUGUAGUAGGGUCUUGGGACAUUGUUUUUGAGUUUUUGGGGAUUUUAAAAUAAUAGUUGACAUCCUUUUCAAAAGUGACAAAUGAUAUUAAUGUUUUCAGAUGCCAACGCACCGCAUGUAUGUCGAAUGAUAGCGUUUGAUGAAGUGUUCAGGGACAUAGAUCGUCAGUUAGAGCUGAUCAAUCCUACCGUACUACGAGGGCCAGGAGAGAGCACCUUUUCAUUCUUGAGCAAGGUUAAGAAGGAACUGUUUCCAGACCUUUCUGAUGAGUUGAUAGCCAGAAUUGGGUACCUACAUGAAUGGUGCAGGUUUAGGACGGACCAGGUGAGUUGUAUAUUGCUAAAUGGUACUGUUUUGAGUGGGGUAUUCAAGAGUUUACUUUUACAUAUCCAAAUAUUUCAUAUCGCAAUAUAGAGCACCGUACUCAAAAUAGUAUAGUUUUUGUUUCAUGCCGGUACGACGAAUUUGAACCAAGUUAUUGCCUUCGCCGAUACUCGGCUACGUCCGCCGAGUCUUCGCACACACAGAAAACGCGGUUUUUCAAAAAAAACAAAAAAAUGUCAAGAGUUGACGAAAACUGUUCAUUUACAACCAAAAUAUGUGUAAUUUCGGUGUAAAAUGCUGAUUUUUAAAAAUUCACAAUGACCGUAAUUUGCACUUUUAAAACUCAAAAUUUUCCAUAAAAAAAUGUACACGUCUGUUCUACCACGGUGCCAAAUUUGGCAUUUUUAGGAUGCAUAGUUGCAAAUUUAUGAAUUAUUUCUAGCGACGAAAUUUCUCGGGACACCCUGUGGGAAAUUUGGUGCAAAACGGUACCAUUUGGUCUUAAAUUUUGUAAAUUAGUAUCAAUUUAGUCUAAAAUGGAAAAUAAAGUACUGCUCUAAAGUCGAGUUGUACUAUUUUUGAUUUCUAGGACAACAUCAUGGCUAUUUCAAAAUACUAAAGAGCUCCGUUUAUAUUAUACUACCUGGUCAACAAGGCCAUUUAUCUGUUUUACCUGGACCUGUUUGUGAUAUUGAUUUAUCUCUUAACAAUUUGUAUUCAUCUUCUCCCUCCUAUUAAUGCCUCUUGCCUUAAUUUGUUAAUCAAUUUGAUAAACAAUAUAUAUUAUUCAUGUGAAUUUCAGGAAUUCGGGCCCGAGCAGUUGUCAGAACUGCGAGAUCUACUAAAAGAAUUUGUCAGGCUGUAAGUCAAACACUAAUUUACAUUCGCUUUCUCUUUUUAACGAAACGAGUUUAAUCCACUAAUACUAAACGUAAUAUAAUAGAAUUGAAGUUAGGACAAUAUAGCCAUGGCUAUGACUAUUAAAUGGAUUUUGAGUGAUUUAAAAGGACUGAAAUCCGCUAUUAGGGUUUUUAAAUAAUUCUGUGCCUGCUUUCAAAUCAAAUUUUUGGCGUUAGGGGCGCAGAAUUAUAUAAACAACCUAAUAGCUAUGGUUAAUAUAAAGAUUUUGGUUGCUUUUUAGGUAAUAACUCGGUGUUUUGAGUGUAUUAUGUUAGAAAAUAGUAGUGUACAUGGUGCAGUACUAAAUUUUGGAUUAGUUCUAGCAUUUUAGUCUUGUUUUGAUGAAAAAAUGGCAGUUAUGUUUAACACUUUGUGGGUAAUGUACUAACAAUGUUAAUGUAGUGGAUAGUAAAGUUUUUGAUACCAAAUAUUGUCGGGCUUUUACUUUGAUCAUUUGAAGCAAGUUAUACUAGGUUCUCUUUAAAAGCAUAUUUUAGGUUGUUCAAAUAAUUCCGUGCUCCUCUUCAAACAAAAUUUUUAGAGUUGGGGGCACAGCAUUAUUUGAACAGUUUACUAUAAAUGGCAUUUUUAGUACAUAUUAGGUUGUUCACAUAAUUCCGUUCCCCCUUUCAAAGCAAAUUUUCGGAGUUAGGGGCACAGAAUUAUUUGCACAACCUAACAUAAUAUAUUUGCAAAAUAAUGCAAUUUCCAAUGCUUUUAACAGUUUUUUUUUAAUUUUAAUGAUUUUUUUUGAAAUUUAAUAAACCUUUUUGAAAUGACAACCUUAACCGCUUACCGUUCUGAACUAACUUUUCAGCUUGAACAACAACCGUGCCACACUAACCUCGCUGAAUCUCGUAAUCUCGAAGAGCCGGUCGCUCGAGACUAAACCCCAGUAUAACGAGCUAACUUCAGGAUUCAGUCAGCCGAUUGACCACGCCAACCUGAGCCGGUCUCAGGAGGAGAUGCCGCUGCUGGGGGAUUACCAUCACGUCAAUAGGCGCUAUUAG